UAGUGAGGAAAGUUUCAGAUUUCGGUAUUUUGUGUACUUCUAGGUUUGAAAGUCUGUAGAAUUUGCGAAAAUUUCGAAAAUUCCUUGUCUCGUCUGUGCGCAUGCGUGCUUGACACGUCGCACUAGUUCCGGAAAACAUGGCGGCCGGUUGUCCGAAAGCGUGAGCGUUUCUACACUUUCUACCCAAAAAACGACCUUCCUGAGACUUCAAACGAACUGAUUUUAACGAGAGACGAGAGCUAGACUGUUGCACAAGGACAGGAAGCCAUUUUGAACUGGUUACUUGACCGAGAAGUCGGUUAAAACAGCGACUAUAACGAACAUUUUUACUCCGAAUAGUCUUAUCUGUGAUCCGUAUGGUGAGACUACGACUACCAAGAACUGGCUAGGAAGGUCCAUCCACGUCUUCUGGUAGGGUAAUUCUGUCUGUACCCAAGGUUGUGACCCCUGAACAACAUGGCGGACCAGCCUGCUGACGACAGUGGACAGUUCCACGGUGGUUAUACGCAGCAGGGUUGGCCUCCAAACGACGCGGCGCAAAAACCUGCCUUCUACAACCCACAGCAGAUGCCAGCCACUUCUGGUGGGGCUCCCAUGUUCUUCAACCCUGCCAGUUUCGACACUGGCGCAGCCCCGCCGUUUUUAGCCCAGCAGGGACCUGCCCACCCCCCUCAGCAGCAGUGGGAUAACCCGACCUACCCCCCACAGCAGCAGCAACCAACCUGGAACUCUCACGAGGUGCAGAACGGCCCACCUCACCAGGGGGGGUACCAGGGUGGUGGGAACGUGCAGCAAAACGAGUACCCCCAGCAGCAGCCCUACCCCGGAUGGCAAGACCAGGACCUGUAUGCACCCCCUGUAUCUGACCCCCUGACUGAUAGUAGGGCUUCAUCGUCCUUCUAUGAGUCUUCUGGCCAGAGUUCCACCCUGGGUCUCGGUUUCAGCUACUCCAGCGAGAAUCCGUCCCUGAAUUCCAGCGAGAGAACGUCGCCCAUGCUAGCCGGCGGCGACUACGGUCAGGGCCACGGUUUUCCGUAUGAUGGAACCGGAAUGGACAUUCCGAGAGACGGAAUGCAGCAGCAACCGCCAGCGGAAGGAGCGGCGAUGUUCAGACAACCCGAGGGAAACUCUCUUCCGAAUGAUUCAGGGCCUGGUGGACAGUACUUCUCUGGCCCAGGAAACACAAAUACAACAGCGAGUGUGCCACAAGUCAGCAUGUUUAACCCACAGUUUGGCCUCCCUGAGGAGUCACGAAGUGCUGCUAGCUUGGGGCAGGAGGAGGGGGAGGGUUCGCUGACACGAGAACUAACAGGCCAAGAACAGGAAGAAAAUGUCCAGCAGUUUCUUCCACCACAACCACAGAACACCCAGCUGCCACCGGCACCAAACUUGGAGGGCUCCCAAACCGGUCCAGAGAUGACCAGCUGGGAUUUCGGAGGAGGAGCGCCACACCAGGAAAUGAGGAGAGAACUAACAGGACAAGAGGACGGGCUAGAUUCACAGCUACCGCAGGAUCCUGCCCAGUUCGCUUCCCAACCGUCCGAGCCACCACCACAGGCACCUCCAAUGUUAAGUGUAGAGGAACCGACAUCGGGAAUUCCAACCCCGAGUCCAGGCCACUCUCGUAGCAGCUCUCAGCAGUUUGACACCAUCAGCCUGGGGAGUGGGAAAGAAGGGAACCCCUCUCGUAGUGGCAGCAGGGCUAGUUCUCUCAUCGUAGAGGGUCAGGCCCAGCCUGGUGUGACUCCAGCUGCUUCAAACAGUGGAACAAGAGAAGAGUUUGAUGUUGGCACGAGACCUGUAGGUGACCACAGCAGGUCUGGGUCUGUAGACUCGGGCCGAAGUGGACCAGGAAUUGCCGACGGCCCUCCGCAAAGUGUGGCUCAAACGGAGCCUGUAGGGGGUACGGAGAGGAGCCGGUCGGGGUCGGCGGAGUCCGGUAGAAGCGCCCGGAGCAGCAGGAGCGGUUCCGGUGCACCGCCUGCCCCGCCGCUGAACGUCCCGUACCAGGAGGGUGCCGCGAUGGAGCGUAGCCGGUCCGGGUCGGCCGAGUCCGGUCGGAGCGGUGGGAGCGGCGGACGGCCGCCGUCGCUCUCACGUCACAGCCAAUCCAACGACUCGAUCCACAGUGCUGGCAGCAACCCCGCCCUGUCCUCCCAGCCUCCGUUACUCGAGGAGCAGAGCCCAGGCGAUGGAGCGCCAAGCCCCCAGCCUGGUAGACCAUCAGACGUUGGUCCCGGGGACUCACCGGAAGGAGCCGCCAGCCCUGACGAGCCCACACAGCCUCAACAGGGCGACGGGGAGCCCGAACCUCCGCCGCAAAACACCCGCCCUCCACAAGCCCGCCCCAGCGGCCAUAGUCCCCCUCCCCCCCGCCCAAGCAUCCCCAACUUCCCCAUCUUCUCGCCCAUGGAGGGAUCCAUGGCUCCACAGUUCCCCUUCGCUAGUAACUUCCCCAAUGCGGGACCGAGCAUGCCAUCCCCCAUACAGCACAGUGCCAGCAGCCCGUUCCAACCUGUCGCCACGCGGCCACAGCCUUUUCCCGCUAGAACUGAGCACAACGGCUUUCCCGGGGAAGGGCAGGAUAGCACGCCAACGUCAGGCAACGACAAUAACGCUGUGGACAGACAGGACAGGGAAGCGCCGCAGGUUGCGAGACAGCCUUCGAGAGAAGAGCAUCACCAGCACGGAAGGGAGAACCUGCUAGAACGCGAGCCGCUGCCGCGGAGAGAGGACAUGAGGAACGAGCCGAGAGAACGGAGGACGUCAGGACAGCGCGACGGCGCGGAAGGAGAGCAAAGCGUGCCACCUCCACCCAUGCCUGCGCAGCCCCUCCCGAGUCAAACUCACCACGCAGGCAUCCACUCGCAUCACAGGAAACAGGAAGAGCGGCGGGAAUCCACCCCCACGGCGUCACUCUGGGCAUCGGACGUCCCCGCUAGCGUUCCCAGCGUGAUUCUUGCACCUGCGGCCCCUCCCACGCUGACCCAGGCCCCGUCGGUCCAGCCCCAUCCAGUCCCCAUGUUCAUCCCUGCUCCCAACCUCCCCAGCACCAUGCAGGCCCCUCCUAUUCCUGCUGCUAGUCCGCCUGAGAAACAACAACAACCACAACAGCCAACUCCUGCAAGUGCAAUCCCGUCGUCCAGUGCCUUUGGUACACCUUUGAGCACAGCUGCUGCGUCCGCCCCGACCACAUCUGCCACCACCCCCUCCUCUCAGCAGUCCCCACAGUCUCCCGACACCUACAGGAACGCUUCGGCACCUCCCCCGGACUCGACCAACCACGGUGCUCAACAACAAACCGUCCCGCCGGUGGCGUCGACCCAGAGCUACAGCACGCCUCCCUCGCGACAGACAAGCACGGCGUCAAAUUCCUCUUACACCAGCCAAUCGGGGAGACUCACAGAGGAGAGAACACAGGAGAGAAGGAACCCACAGGAAGGCCAGCCAUCGCCAUCCCGUAGCCCGCGGCAGGUUGCCGGAAAUGAGUCCGAACCGGACGACCGUUACAGCCAACGUGGCCAGCCUCAGAAGCCUGCGGGGCAUGCUACGCAACCAGCCGACACCCGACAACCAUCAACACAGAGUAACCAACAACCAUCGGAUACGGAUUACACGAGAACGCGGGACUACAGAGGGAGAGAAGGAGACACGGCGUACUCAGCACAGGAGCCUGAGAGACCGUCCAGUCGCUCCUCUAACCACGGUGGAGACAGGGACUGGGAUAGGGACAAAGAUGACAGGUAUUCCUGGUACGACCAGAGGGAUCGGAGGUAUGACAGCAGGAGGGACUACUACCAGGAACGGGACUAUCGCAGCAGGUCUUACGAACAAGACCCACGCUACGGCCGCCAGGGUUCGUACGACAGCUACUACGGCAGACAGGAGUCCAGGGACAGGGAGAGACCAUCUUCCCGACAAGAGAGAGAACGCCCGAGCUCAAGGCAAGGAGAGAGACCACGCUCGAGACAAGACUACGACAGGGAAGCUUACUACAGACAGUACAGUGCUGACUAUGACAGGAGUGGGUACUAUGAUCAGGAGAAGUACAGAAGAAGAAGAGACUACUACGGGAGAGAGUACGACUCAAGAGGACAACGGGACCCGAGAUACAGCAGAGACUACUGGGCGAACGACCCUCGGUACCAGGAGUGGUACAACUACUACUACGGUCGUCACGGUAACAGCUACGACCCCCGGUACUACGAGUACUACAAGCAGCAGAUGCAGCAACAACAGCAGCAGCAACAGCAGUCACAGGGGUACGAUCUGUACGCUUACGACCCUCGCUACGAUAACACGUACGAUGACGAGAAUUACGAGGACGACCGCCGUAGCGUGCACAGCAACGCGAGCGGUCACAGCUCUCACAGUCACCACUCCCAGGGCUGGGGAGGGCAGUAUGACGAUAGGUUUGCGCGAGACUUCCACAGAGACUCCGGCCAUGGAGACACGAGCGGCUAUGGACACAACGGUGGGUACGGAGACAACAGCUGGUACAGGGACUCCUGGCAGCAAGGUCAGACCCCUGCUGCUAGGACAACUCCUGCCAAGUUCCACAUCCCCCACGUCCUGGCACGCUUCGGCCCCGGGGGUCACAUGAUCAAGGUGCUGCCCAACAACCCGGCCGACGGCAUGCCUGCUGUGGUGGAGGUGCACGCUCUCGAGACUCUUCUUGUAAACAACACUGAAGUGGAAGAAUUCAGAGUUUUCCCUGGACCACUUAUCAAGGGCGUGACCCACAAGAGCGAUGUGAUCCGGUUCUGUCAGGACAAGGCCGCGGCCUCGCUGGCCAGUACCGAGCUCAGGGAUAAGGAGUCGGCCGCGCUGCUGUGGCAGCUGCUAGAGCUACUCUGUCGCCAGAACGGGACUAUCAUGAUCACGAUUGUAGGUACAGACAUCGCAGAGCUGCUCCUGCAAGGCCACCCGUCCAUGGCGUACCCCCAGCGUACAGAGGCUGAGGGAGAGGACCGGGGGAGUCAGGGUGACCUGUCCCAGGCUUCCACCACCAGUGACGGGACGGUGGGGGGCACCGAGGCCGCAGACAUCGAGAGGCUCACACAGAAGUUCAGAGAACUCCUGCUGUUUGGGAGGAAAAAGGAUGCCCUGGAGUGGGCGAUGAAGGGGGGUCUGUGGGGCCACGCCCUGCUGCUGGCCAGCAAGAUGGACUCCAGAGCUCACGCCAACGUUAUGACAAGGUUUGCGAACAGUCUGCCGAUGAACGACCCUCUGCAGACCCUGUACCAGCUCAUGUCUCACCGCCAGCCUGCAGCUGUCACCAGCUGUGCGGACGAGAGGUGGGGCGACUGGAGACCACACCUAGCGAUGGUGUUAUCUAACCACACCCAGCGACCAGAGGUGGACAGGAAAAGCAUCAUCACCCUAGGAGAUACACUAGGUUCCAGAGGCCUUCUCCACGCUGCCCACUUCUGUUACCUGAUGGCUCAGGUCAACUUCGGACACUACAGCAAGAAGGCCAGCAAGAUGGUCCUACUGGGGUCCAGUCACAGCCUGCCCUUUAUGGAGUUUGCUUCUAAUGAGGCUAUCCAGAUGACAGAAGUGUACGAGUACGCCAUGACUCUGGGCAACGCUGCACACUACAUACUACCCAGCUUCCAGGAGUACAAGUUUCUGUAUGCGACAAGGUUGGCGGAGUGUGGCAUGACAGCACAGGCCCUGACGUACUGUGAGUGUAUAGUCUCGGCGGUGGAGAGAGCCCCUACAUCCUUCAGCAGUACUCUGAUCUCCCAGCUACACCAGCUGUCAGAGCGGCUGUUCUGGCACGACCCUCACUUCUCCAGUCUGAGCGCUGAGGAGGAUCAGGACUAUGACUGGAUCAACAGUAUCAGAUACAUGAACCAGCAAGUUCUGGAGGGAGCCCUGUUGCCGUCGUCGGCCAGUGACACCCCGAUGUUUGUUGGUUCCACGGAGCCCAGCAUCGACGGCACGAGCACCCCCACCCCUGGGGAAACCACCUUCACCGGGGUGGGGACGCCUCAGUACGACUCCAAACAGCAGGAACAGUAUGAAGGUUACAAUGCCAGUGGCAUCGACCCUGCAGCUUACCAACAGCAGGGAGGCACAGACAGUCCUUACCAACAGUACCAACAACAACAACAACAAAUGGACCCCAAUGCCAGUUACCAGCCGUGGUCCAAGCCCGUCCCUGCUGACAUGAACCUGAUGGCGUCCAUGAACAGUGAGUACAGCACCACGUCUGCCACUACUGACGGGGGAACCGAGACAGAAAACGAUGUGCCGGAUUACUAUGACCAGAUGGCUGGACAAGUGAGCUUCAAGUCUCUGGCCAGUAGCCCUGAUGAGAGCCCAGGAGAGGGUCCUGCUGACGCUACAGAGGAGGACUCAGACACUAGCGCUCGACUGGUCCAGCAGCAGCACCGGGGGACGCCGGACUCGCAGGGUUCCCAAAGUCGACUGCGGGCGCUGAGCGGGAGCUCCCAUGCCUCCACGACACGGGCGCGGUCCAUGAGCGGGUCCUCUCAGCUCUCCCACGGGUCUCAGAGGAUCAGGCGCAGACAGAGAACAACCUCAGAGUCCUCACAGGUGGACAUUAAGGAAGAACCUGCCCAAAAGAAACAGGAAAAGUCAUCAGGUUUAAGGAAGACCAAGCGUGUGAGUGUGAGCCCGUACCAGGAAACUCCCGAACAGUUCACACAGCCGAGUCAUCAGAGCAAGGACUCGGCCAGGCUAGAACUGGCCGUGCCAGAAGGCAGUGGUCAACAGGACAGGUUUCAGGGUGUCUGCAGCAGACUAGAUACAAGGGGCGGUGGCUUUGAGAAACAAGAGGCCAGCGUUAGAAGGAAACUGUUCCAGUUAGAAGUGAUCCAAGAGCAGGAAGGAGAGGAAAGUUUUUCUCCAAGACUUUUGAAAGAUUUAGACAAGGAGACAGAUACAGGAAGGGAUGAAGUAGAGAGGAAAGUUCAAGAGGAAGCCACAGAGGGACAAAACCAGGCCACAGUUCCUUCAGUGUCAGAUUCACAAAGUCAGAAAACUGCCCAAAGUGAUCUCAGAGUUGUAGAGGGACAGGAGGAAACAGCAGUGCAGAAGAAAGAAAAUUCAGACAGGAAGAAAGUUGAAGAGUCAGAGGUCCCCAACUCUAGGCAGGCUAGUGCCAAACCAAAGGACUCAAAUAUCAGCUCGCAAAGUCACCAGGGACAAAAAACCUCCGCCCAGAGGUCAGGGGGCACGUCCUGGCUUGGAGGUCUCUUCACCAAAAUGAUGAGGGGCAAAAACGAGAUCCACCUUCCAGAUGACACCAACAAAUCUAUUGUUUGGGACGCUGCGAGGAACAAGUGGGUGAACCAGGAUGAAGGGGAAGAAGAGGAUGCAGCACCCCCACCACCCCCUCCUAAGGACCCCAUGCCAUCUCCUGCUGGUGGGCCGGCCCCUCCACCUGGCAAUACUCCCAACAGGUUCUCCAGGAGAGCAGGCCCCACAGGGAAGUAUGUGGAUGUUCUGAACCAGAGUGGGACGACCAAGCCGGCUGCCCCCCCUCCUGACCUGUUCCCUGGACUGGUGCCUACUGGGAACGCCAUGCCCAACCUGUUUGUACCAGCUGCCGUCCCCACGUCAGAUGCCAACGAACCGCAGGGCUCGCAGCUGCAGGGGACGAUGACCCAGGGCGACCCCCAGGGACCCCACGCACCGACCCAGGUGCAGCAACAACCACCCAUGUUCUAUAACCCCAAUGAGCCAAUGACAUCAGCUGCCCAGGUCCCUCCCACAAGUACCCCAAACUCACAGGCGCAGCUGUCUCGGUCAAGCUCUAUGAGUUCUAUGUCAUACGAGGUCAGCCACCUCCUAAAAGCACAGCAGCCUCAAGACAGUGCAGGCCCCCCUGUAGGAGACCAGGGGGUAGCACCACCCCCCCAGGCGGUGGCCGCACCCCCCAUGUUCUUCAACCCCUCGUCGUUUAGCGCUCAGAACUCACCCUUCAACUCUCCAGCCCAGGGACCCACUGGACUGGGCAGCCGGCCGAGAUAUGCACGACCCAGAUGAGACACUAGGGGGCGCUGCUUCACUACUACAUGAUUGUACACUAUCAUCAUCAGCAUGUCGGCAGAACGUACUGUGCCUGCGCG